AUGUUGUUGUUGCUGCUGCUGCUGCUACUGCUACUGCUUCUGCUGCUACUGUUUCUACUGCUUAUGCUGCUACUGUUGCUACUGAUGAUGAUGAUGUUAAUAGUCAUCAACAACAACAAAGACAUCAACAACAUUAACAUCAUCAACAACUACAACAACAUUGGCAACAGCAUCAACAUUAUCAUCAACAACAACAGCACCAACAGCUUCAACAAAAACGACAACAACAACAACAGCAUCAACAACAAAAGCAACAUCAACAACAACAGCUUCAACAACAACAGCAUCAACAACAGCAGCAUCAACAACAGCAGCAUCAACAACAACAGCUUCAACAACAACAGCAUCAACAACAACAGCAUCAACAACAAUAGCAUCAACAACAACAGCAUCAACAACAACAGCAUCAACAACAACAACAUCGCCAUCAUUUUGUACAUAAAUUCGGCCCAACGACUGCUUUUGUAG